AUGGGGUCCACAGGUACCGAGGCCACUCAGGGACUGGACAGUGCUCCUUUAAAGUACCCGAUAGGAGGACACACUGAGAAAAUGUGGCAACGGCUCAAAGGGAUAUUACGAUGUUUGGUAAAGCAGUUGGAGAAAGGUGAUGUUAAUGUGGUUGAUCUAAAGAAGAAUAUUGAAUAUGCAGCGUCUGUGUUGGAAGCGGUAUAUAUUGAUGAAACAAGGAGGCUCUUGGACACAGAGGAUGAACUCUCAGAUAUCCAGUCCGAUUCAGUCCCAUUGGAAGUACGGGAUUGGUUGGCUUCUACCUUCACGAGGAAAAUGGGGAUGACGAAAAGGAGGCCGGAGGAAAAGCCCAAAUUUCGAAGCAUUGUGCAUGCAGUGCAAGCUGGGAUAUUUGUCGAAAGAAUGUAUCGGAGAACUUCUAACAUGGUUGGUUUGGCCUACCCAGCAGAAGUAAUAUCAACGUUUAAGGAUGUUGACAAAUGGUCAUUCGAUGUGUUUGCUCUCAAUGAAGCAAGUGGAGGGCACAGCCUCAAAUUCAUGAUGUACGAAUUGUUUACCAGAUAUGAUCUUUUGAGCCGUUUCAAGAUCCCUGUUCCCAGUCUCAUUUCAUUUGGGGAGGCUCUGGAAACCGGCUACAGUAAAUACAAAAACCCUUACCACAACUUAAUCCAUGCAGCGGAUGUCACACACACUGUGCAUUGCAUCAUGCUCCUGACUGGUAUCAUGCACUGGCUCACCGAACUGGAAAUAUUAGCAAUGAUCUUUGCAGCUGCAGUCCACGACUACGAACACAAUGGGACAACAAACAAUUUCCAUAUUCAGACCAGAUCGGACGUUGCCAUUUUGUACAACGAUCGCUCAGUUCUUGAAAACCAUCAUGUGAGUGCUGCUUACAGAAUAAUGCAAGAAGAAGAAAUGAACAUCCUGGUAAACUUAAGCAAAGAUGAAUGGAGGGAAUUGCGCAAUCUUGUCAUCGAGAUGGUCUUAUCGACGGACAUGUCCGGUCACUUCCAGCAAAUCAAAACAAUGCGGCAUACUCUUCAGCAGACCGAGGGGAUAGACAAAGCCAAAGCCAUGUCUCUGAUUCUACACGCAGCUGACAUAAGCCAUCCGGCAAAGUCCUGGGAACUGCACUACCGAUGGACCAUGGCGCUGAUGGAAGAAUUUUUUCGACAGGGAGACAAGGAGGCUGAACUAGGGCUACCAUUUUCUCCCCUCUGUGACCGUAAAUCCACCAUGGUGGCUCAGUCCCAAAUAGGUUUCAUCGAUUUCAUAGUGAAGCCAACAUUUUCUCUUCUUACUGACUCCAUGGAGAAAAUAGUUUUUCCUCUUAUAGAGGAAGCUUCCAAAUCAGAAAGCCCUCCCUUUGUGACAACACCCAGUGAGAAUAGCAUUGGAGUGAGCAGCACGGAUACACACAAAAGAACUGGGGUUCGAAGUGCUGUGUGCUACGGCGGGACUUGCUUGGAAAACUCUUUAGCGACUGUGGAUUUAACGAGCUUCAAAGACAACUUGGUUCUGAUCAUCCAAGAAAACAAAGACAGGUGGAAAGACUUAGCUGAAAAAGAAGAACUUGUGCAAAAGCUUGGUGGGCAGCAAAAAGGCCAGCCUAAAGACCAAUGCAGACAAGCCGCAGGCACGCCAUUAGAGGAGGUGGCCACCAGGACAUCAAAUGAGAAUAAGCAGGGAAGCGAUGACACAGCAUUGUCAAUAGACUCGUCCCCCACCUCCGUAGCCCUUCAAGUGAACUCUCUCCAUUCACCUCCCAAUGUACCUGGCUCUGAGGCCAUGUCUAAACUGUCUUCGAGUGCAAAAGAAAUUGCAGACGUACAGCAAGAAACACAGGCUGCUGCCCCCCUAAAUGGUAAUACCCCAUCACCAGGCGAGCCUAAAAUGUGUAAGAAUAAGGAAGAGCCAGUAAAAGCAUCAGCACAAAACCAGGCUGUGCUGCGCAACUAGAAGAUCUGCAUCUUCCUUGUUUUUUGCCCAUUCGAAAAUAAAAGGAUGAAUAAAACAGCACUAAAAACAUCUUCAUUUCCCACCAGGCUGUUAUCUUCCCUGCCAAAUCAUCCUUGGACCGUUUUAUCUAUACGCUGGAUUGAUGGAUACAAACGCCUGUCUUUUAGAAAACUACAAAGCCUUGAGUGGGUAACUCGAGGCGGUUAUAGGAGAGCUCAAGAUUUGGAGUUAUUUUCUUUCUCCUUCUGUUCUGCCAUCCUUAACUAAGCUGGAAUACAUUUUUCAGACAAAAAAAAGAAAGACGUUAUUUCGCUCGGUGAAACCAGCCACUACCGUUUUGCCAUGUACAAACGUGUGCCACUGAAAACUGAUUUAUACAGACUUAGAAGACUGCGCCGCGUCAGUAACAUAAUCUCCACUUGUAGAUGAGGGGAGAGGCACCCAUCUGACAUUUCUAAUCCAUAUUUUUUGCAGCCAUAUUAUGUUGUGCCAUUUAUACCCAAAUGUACAGUUUUUAAAAACUUUCUGGAAGGGUAGGGCGGGGGGGGGGGGAGAUUCAGGAAUCAGAGGAAGUCUCUUAACUGAGAAAUCCUGGCAUGAUUAAGACCUGUUUAAAACUACCAACGUAAUGGUACAUCCGUGCAAAUGAUAAGGUCACAGUGCAAGGGUGGGCCAUAGUUCAGUGGUCCAGCAUGGGCGCAGAGGUUCAGUUCCUGCCAACUCUAGUUAAAAGGAUUUGGGGUGGCAGACCUGCGAGAAACCUCCGUCUAACACUGGAAAACUUCUGCCCAUCACAAUAGAUGUGACCGGGCUGGAAGUGGUCUGAUUCUAUACAAGGCGGUUUCAUAAGUUCAAUAUCAGAUCUACUGUGGAACUAUAUCAUUUCUAUACUCAAGAGAACCACCACUGAUUCGGAUGCAUGGGUAUAACUUGCUUAAAACCAUCAGCAACAUGGUGCAUAGGAGGAUCAGAAGCCUGUCUGGCCACAUGAGGGCAUUACCAGGACAGGAAGUGAUGUCAGAGGAACUUGAGUGGCUCUGCACGGCUCUGUGGGUUUUCUCCGCCUCUUCUGGCCUUCCCUUUUUGAGCUGAGUAUGUUCCACACUAUCAGGGAUUGGUAUAAGAGAAUACCAAGAAGUCGUAAUGCACAUCAGUUGCCAUGAAAGCCAUAUAUGAGCUGUGCGUCUUAGGUAUGAAUUAUUUAAUUUAAGGGGGUGGGGGUGGGGAGGGUUGUGUGCACACACAGAGAAUGAAAACAAAAUGGAUUUUUAAAAAAACUUUUGUGAAUAAGGGCCACUGCUUGCAUUUAGCAUGGACUUUGUGUACCGUGCAGUAAA